UGUUGUUGAUCCGUACCCAGUGGGCAGCGCCGGGAGCUGGACCGAGCGGCCGCUGAGGGGCCGCUGCUGCGGGGCUCAGCCACCUGCGCUGCCUGCCAGGGGGCGGGCCGAAACCUGGAGGCCCGGGGGGCCCAGCUCCCGUUGGGAGCAGUGGGCGCCCGCUGCCUGGGCUGGGCCGGAAAGAAGAAUAAGCAGACUAGACUCUGACCUUCGGCUUUCAGUCUGCCAGUCCGCCUGCCUAGCUCUCUCUUCGUGGCCCAUGUGCUGCAUCCUCUGCCCUCAGUGUGCAACUGGCCCCCAACGCAAUGUGUGUUUGUCAAACCAUGGAAGUGGGGCAGUAUGGCAAGAACGCAAGUCGGGCCGGAGACCGGGGAGUCCUCCUGGAACCCUUCAUCCACCAGGUGGGCGGACACAGCAGCAUGAUGCGCUACGACGACCAUACCGUGUGCAAACCGCUCAUCUCCCGGGAGCAGCGCUUCUACGAGUCCCUCCCUCCUGAAAUGAAGGAGUUCACCCCUGAGUACAAAGGUGUGGUGUCUGUGUGUUUUGAGGGGGACAGUGAUGGUUAUAUCAAUUUGGUGGCUUACCCUUAUGUGGAAAGUGAGACGGUGGACCAGGAUGACACACCAGAUCGGGAGCAGCCUCGACGCAAACACUCCCGCCGCAGCCUGCACCGGUCAAGCAGUGGCAGUGACCAUAAAGAAGAGAGAGUCAGCUUGACCCUUGAGACCUCUGAAAGCUCCCAGGAGGUGAAGAGUCCAAAGGUGGAACUACACAGCCACUCUGAUGUCCCUUUCCAGAUGCUAGAUGGCAAUAGCGGUCUGAGUUCCGAGAAGAUCAGCCACAACCCCUGGAGCCUCCGCUGUCACAAACAGCAGCUGAGCCGCAUGCGCUCCGAGUCCAAGGACCGGAAGCUCUACAAGUUCCUCCUGCUCGAGAACGUAGUGCACCACUUUAAGUACCCCUGUGUGCUGGACCUGAAGAUGGGCACCCGGCAGCACGGUGAUGAUGCAUCAGCGGAGAAGGCGGCCCGACAGAUGAGGAAGUGUGAGCAGAGUACGUCCGCUACACUGGGUGUCAGGGUCUGUGGCAUGCAGGUGUACCAGCUGGACACAGGGCAUUACCUCUGCAGGAACAAGUACUAUGGCCGUGGGCUCUCCAUCGAAGGCUUCCGCAACGCCCUUUAUCAGUACCUGCAUAAUGGUCUGGACCUGCGGCGUGACCUUUUUGAGCCCAUCCUGGGUAAACUGCGGGGCCUAAAAGCCGUGCUGGAGCGGCAGGCCUCCUACCGCUUCUACUCCAGUUCCCUGCUUGUCAUUUAUGAUGGCAAGGAGUGCCGGCCCGAGUCCUACCUGGACCGCCGGUCUGAGAUGCGUUUCAAGCACCUGGACACAGGGCUCCCUGAGGUGGCAUCACCCUGUGGCCCCAGUAGCAGCCCCAGCAGCACCAGCCCUGAGGCGGGAUCCUCCUCUCUACCCAAAGUGGAUGUCCGCAUGAUUGACUUUGCACACAGCACGUUCAAGGGUUUUCGGGAUGAUCCCACUGUGCAUGACGGGCCAGACAGAGGCUAUGUAUUUGGCCUCGAAAACCUCAUCAGCAUCAUGGAACAGAUGCGGGACGAGAACCAGUAAGCCCAGUCUGGACCCUCAGAACUCCUUCCUCUCCACCCGCAGGCAGGGACCAUUGCUCUGAACUCACCAUGAGGAGACACAGACUUGCUUUUAAAGGGUUAUAUUUCUCUUUGGUGUAAACUAAAAGAAAUGUUUUUAGCUGUAGCCUGGAAUCCAUAUAUAUAAAGUGAAGAAGGGUAGAGCACACACCCUCUCAGCCAGGCUUCUUAGCACUGUGGCCCUGACUGCUGUGUCCAGGCUGAUUUAGGAAGAGGUGUGAGCUGUCCCUGGUGGGUUUGGCAGCAGGAACAUUGUGACUUGGACAUUGGUUUCUCUUGCCCAGGUCUUUGAGGGGUCUGUGAUGCAGGGCCCUAUUGGUUGUGGGGUAAAACCUGAUUGAUGCAGGACACCUCCAUUUCCACUCAUCCCUUGCUCCUCAGAAGUCAAGGGGACCUGGGUGCCCAUCUUUUGGGGGACCUUUGAGUCUUGUGUUAUGGGUGUUAGCCUGCUCUUUAACAGAUGUCCAACUGUCUGCAGUUGGAUCCGUCCUUGGUUCUCACCUGGCCUGAGGCUAGAUUCAUGAGGCCGGGCUGAAGCCAGCUUAUGGCAGAGAGUAGGCCCUGGGUUCCCCCAGGAACUCUUUGGCACUUGAGCCUGCCCCUCCUCCUGCCUGCAUACCCCAGCCAGCCUUCUCACCAAGUUCCCUUGUCUAAGGACACUACCCCGCUUGCCUGAAUAGGAGGCUCUGCUCUGUUUAUCGAGGAGAGAUUUCCCAGCAGGCCUCAGGGCCUCUGGCGCUCUGGCCCAGACAGUAUUUGCAGCUCUUUUGCUGCGGGUGGCAGGCCUCCUCUUCCUCUAGCUCAGGCAGCUGUGCUGCCUCUGGAUUGGCUGCUCCUCCCAGGGCUUAAGGGCUGUGGUCCGCUCAGGGUCUCACCUUUCCCCAGGCCAGGCUCACAGCAUCAAUCCAUGGAAGAGCCCAGGCUUGUGAGGGAGACAUUUGUCUGUCUGCUCACAGGGACAUUGCCUGGGCCCUGGAUGCAGGUGCCUAGAUUUUGCUAGUGAGAGUUUUGUUGAUCGGUUUUGGGGCUCGUCAGUCUGCCCACUUGUCUGCCAGUUCCUUUCUCUUGGGAUCCUUCUGGGGCGUGGUCUUGCUCAUGAGUAAAUACUGGUUUCCUUCAUGCUUUCCUCAGCAAAAUAUUCUUUUUCCAUUUCUGAGCUUUUGUCCUGUGCCCUUUCUCAGCAGGUGCUACCCUUUUAUAAAUGGUAGCAAAAUAAAUUGUAGGAGGUAUUUUCCUGCUGGCCCUCUGUGGGACCAUUGUGGCCCCCUUCAACACACAGUAUAUGGUAAAGGCCCAAGUGGCGACCCUUUCCUUUCCCAUGGUUUUAGAAAUUUUUGUUGUCUACUCAUAUUGGCACGGAGACCUGCCACCUCUAGUACAUGUGCGUACAAGGUGAGACGGCACUCAUUUAGCCAUUGCCAAGGUGAGUGCCCUCACCUCCAAGCUUAGGGUCACUGUCAUUGUCUCUUUUGGCAUGUUCUGUUUGGGCAUUAAAGGCAAGCCUGCCAACCUGUGUCUGUGAGGGCCUUAGUAACUGGUGGACUGAUUUCCUGGUCCUUAGAGAUGCAGCCUCAUGCAUAUUAAAUUGGCACCUUGAUGGAUCCUCUCUCUUUUGGUCUUCAGACCCCGGUUCCAUUGGUGGGCAGGUUCCCAUUCCUUGGGGCUGGGAGGGGCAGCUUUCUUCCUUUUGGUCAGUAGUGACCAUCUUCUCUCCUGUACCUUCUGUGGCUUCAGCUGUAGGGGCAGUAGCUCUUCAUUAGUGUAGACAGUUACUUCCUAUCAGGGCAGAGGCCAAGAGGAAGGGUCUAGGGCCACAGAGACCCCUUUGAUUGGACCUCUCUAGCCUGGGGAUGCGUUGUGCCUCCUCAGUUACUAGUUCUGGAGCAGAUGGUGCCCCAUUCCGCUUCUCUUCCUAGCAAGCAAGAGACUGAACCCACUUACAUUCAGUGUUUUUCAUGGCACUAAAAAGAGCAGCUGGACCUGGGAUUUGCUGCUGGUUCCCCAGGGCAGGGCCCCUCUUUUCAGCAGUGUAACAUUUGAAGGUUCAGCCCUGUUACCUGGUGGCUAGUAGGCAUUUGUGUGUGUGUGCACACUGCCACUGCUCUUUCCUCCUGCUCUGCCAGAGAGCCCUCUGCCCGCCAGGUCCUGCCUUCCUAGCCCCAACACGGGACCAAAAUGCAACACGGGAUCACUCAUUGGGGUAUUCACGCAACCCCUCUGUAUAGUGCUUCCCUGGGCCAAGUGGACACCAGCCCCUGGGGUGGGGGUGAGAUGGGUGGUGCUUAAAGAGGAAGGGGACCAGCAUAGAUACUUGCCAGGGACCCCCCCACCCCUCCCUCACAUUGGGGCCUCUGCUGUAGGCCUGGGGAUUCCCCUUAAGGGGCCAUGGCCUGGGCCGGUUCAGUAGCCGCGGUUCAGCUGCUCACAUUUGGCCACGUGCACGUUCCUUAGAUGCAGAUAACUUUGAAUUUUAAAGCUGAUCAAUUUGGUUUUGUUUGUGCCGAUUUAAAAAGUUUUAAUGAGGAAAAAAAAUUGGAGAGCCCUGGGAACGACCUGUUCCUUUGCUUUUGGGGUAAUUGUAAGGUCUUGCCUCUGGGAAUCGCUCUCCACUCCAUUUUCCUGGAAGCUGCCUAAGCCUGUCCACAACGCUGGAGGCCUGCGCCCCCGGAAACUACACGUGGCUCCAUCCACGUCUUGGCGCAGGCUCAUCUUCUCCAGAUUGGACCUUGCGUGCGGGGAAGGGCGGGGUGCUCGUCCAGAGUCCGCCUUUUUCUGCACACCUAGCGCUGCCCGCCCCGCUUGUGUCUGAGGUCGUGUAUGUCAAAAUAAAGCCGCUAGAAAUUGA